AUGAAGCUCAUGUCGAAAAAUCCCUUAGUGACGAUGGUGCUCACACUCAACUGGGGCUAUCGGGAACCUAGUCUUGUCCGAGCAGUAAUCAUAAAUCAUAUGGUUCGCCCGAACCCACAUCAGCUGGUGGCUCUGGUGCAGGCUCAGCUCAGACAUAAUCGGCUCGUCCCACCAGAACCUGCGGGUCCCACCGCCACUGCACCGUUUGACAUUGUCAGCAGCAGCAACAGAAUCUGGACACUCACAGCCGUCGAUCUCAAAGCCCUUGUACGAGGCCACGAAAGGGGCAUGGGCCCAAUUGGUCUUGAUAAGCCCACCUUGUGUGGCCCAAUCGUCGGCAUUCCAAAUAGAGCUGUAGAUGCCCAUGGCUUGGUCCUUUGGGUAUGGUAUGCCCUUGUGCUCCAAGUUCGAGUGGACUCGGACGGGCGUCUCAAGGGAAUAGGAGUGGAAAUCCUUGGUGGGAUCGAACCAGAGCUUGAGCCUCUGUUCUCUGUUGCCUACUCCAUUGACAAACACAUUGGUCUGGACGAGGUAAGGUUCCCCUGUGGUGUUCCCCAGGAACUCGAAAUCGAACUCGUUGUGAUACGGACCGUCGGAUGA